UACGAGCUGCGGCCUCGUUGUCUGCGAGGCAUUGAGUAGGAGUUUGCUCGCUCGCUCGCUCGAACUCCGAGUUUUUUCCCACCCUGCAAACAACCAAGAUUUAUUGGUAGGUUGUUUAACCAACCCCACCAAAAACCAAUCAGCUGUUCAGCACAAAAUGUAAACAAACAAGCAAAUGCAACAACAAUUUCAAGGAACAAGCAGAAGUACUGCCUUUUAAUUGGCAUAUUUAGAUAAAGUUGAACUGAACCCCAACGAAAGCUAAAUGGAAUUUAAACAGCAAUCCACAAUUAAACUUAAGUGCCGUUAAAUAUUCAUUUGAAAUUGGCCCUUAGGGCCCGUUGUUCAAUGUCUGAUUAACACAAAUCGGAACUUCUACCUCCGGUUAAAUAUAAUCAUGACUAUUACGGUAUCCGACGAAUGCCACUCCCGCGAAUGGCAUUCGAUUCGCAUUCCCCUCGCAUGUUGAAGUUUGCGGUAUUCCCAUAAACGUCGGAUGGCUGCUUUAUCGACUCACGCAGCGGAUUGUGUCAAACGCUUUUUGACAUUUCUCGAAUUGUCAUUUUUAAUUAAUUUGUGUUUGGAAAAAAUUAAAUUUGUGUUAAAAUGGAUUCGAUUGCUUUUUAUUUUAACAAUGAUGAAGAUGAAAGUAGUUCCGCAAGUGUAAGAAGGUCCGUGAGGGAUAGAGCACCUAACAUUUUUAAACUGACAGACAUAGAGUUUAUUAAACAAUUUCGAGUAAAUAAAAAUGCAUAUAAACAUAUUUCAAGCAUAAUUUGCGGUAAAAUUCCUCCCGUGAUAAAAUCCACAGCAAUUAGUCGGCAACAAAAGCUAUCUUUAUGUCUGCGAAUCUUAGCAGAAGGAAGCUACCAAAAUGCUGUUGGCAAAGACUACAUGCUUGGUAUGGCUCAACCAACAGUUUCUAAGAUAUUUUCAGAGGUUAUUGAUAUUCUGGAAAACGAGUUGUGUGAUAAGUUGUUGAAUUUAAAAAUGAAUGACGAGGAGCAAAUGGAGUCUCGGAGUUACUUUUACAACAAAUCGUAAAUUCCCGGGAUUGUAAUGUGCAUUGAUGGUACGCACAUAAGGAUAGCAAAACCUACAGGCUCAAACUCUCACCUUUUUUAUAAUAGAAAAGGCUUCUAUAGUCUCAAUGUGCUUGUUGUAAGUUUGUACAUUUUUUUUGCAAUAGUUUUAUAUAUUUUUUUUUUCAUGGUUUAGAUAUGUGAUCAUAAACAGCGCAUAAGGUACGUU